AUGGCAGGCUUAUCUUACAGCGGGAACAUGGCCAGCAGAUACCUUUUGCAAACACUCCUUAACCUGCUUCCUCUGCCUCCACGCUCGACUCUGACUUUUUGUGCUCCAACCGAUACCAUUUUACCAGGGCAAAGCCUUUUGGCAGGGGAAGAGUUGGUAUCUAGCAUCUCCAACACAAAUCAUAUAACUGGAAGAUUUCGACUCAGGAUGCAAAGAGAUGGAAACCUGGUAAUGUAUCCUAUGCAAUAUGCAGCAGGAGUAGAUACUGUUUACUGGAAUACAGGUACAUAUACUGCUGGAGAUAAUGUGAGUCUGAAUCUUGAUACUGAUGGCAAGCUAUGCCUGUUAAAUGCUACAGCCUUUAAUAUACGGACUCUGAAUGUUCGGCAAACUGUGUUUGGUAAUCCCAUUUAUCAUUUGACAAUCGAUGCAGAUGGAUUAUUUCAGUUGUAUUCACAUAAUUUGGAUCAAAAUGAUUCUUGGUUGAUUGCAUAUCAAGAGAUUAAGGAUAAGUGCCAUCUUACAGGCUUAUGCGGCUUGAAUUCAUAUUGUAUUCCUGUAGACCAGGACACCGCAUGUAAUUGUCCUCUUGGUUUUGAUUUCAUUGACCCUAGUCAGGAGAAUUUGGAUUGCAAGCAAAAAUCCAGUGUAGAUGAUUGUGUGAGCACUAAUUAUACUAUUCGAGAAUUGGAAAGUAUUAUAUGGGAAUCUGACUCAGAUUCUGUUGUCCGAUCUAGUAAUAAAACUGAGUGCAGAUAUGAAUGUUUAAAAGACUGUAACUGUGAAGCUACUUUACUUAAGAACCAAGAGUGCAAAAAACAAAAGCUUCCAUUGCGAUUUGGGAGAACAAACGAAGGUGAAUCAAUGUUAACUCUUAUCAAGAUUAGCAAUGGAGAAAUGGGGGGCAAAGAAAGACCAAGAGAGACGCUAGCUAGGAAUGAUUCCUUAACUAUGAUUCCUAAGAAUAAUAAGAAUGGGCUACAAAUAGGUAUUUUAGUUACUGGUGUUACAUGUUCAACUUUUGGGCUCAUUGUUCUAGCAGUUUCUAUUGCUCUUAUUGUAAAACACUACGUUUCUGUAUUCAAAGUACUCUCUGACAAGGCAAAUGGAGAGUUUAUUGAGGAUUUUAAUCUAAGAUCAUUUACCUAUGAAGAACUUGAGAAGGCAACUAAUGGCUUCAAUGAAAGGAGGAGUGUGAGUAUGGAUGUUCCAGAUGAUGAAGCUAUUCUUGCAGAGUGGGUCUACAGUUGUUUUGAGGCCAAUGAGCUGCUUAAGCUAUUUAGUACAGAAGAAGUGGAUGAACAAGCCCUGUAA